ACAUGCUGGGGUUCUGUUGCCUCAGUCCAUAACUGAAAACAGAGCUAGAUGUUAGUUGGAGUUUGGACAGGAGCGCUUUUGUUGGCUUUUCCAGCUUCAGGAAGCUUGUUCCUUGGUUCCUCAAGGCAUAAUUGCUGGGGAGGCUUGUUAGAUGUCAAGGAGGUCAAGUAUACUUGGAGAAAGUGAUCCAUUGGGUGUAGUUCCAUCAUCCACCAGUAGGAGCUAACAGCCAAACCUACAGGUGAAAUCACUCACAGCCUCACACACCUGAAACAAUCAGUUCAGACAGACAGGCAUGGCUCAGUGAUCUCCAAUGUUCUCCACCGUCCUCCACAAUCUCUUGCUUUCCCACUCCCCAAUCAUGGAGAACGCAACCUUAUACCUCCAGGAAGACAUCAUGGACUCGUUCAGCACGAAGAGCCUGGCCCUGCAGGCCCAGAAGAAGCUCAUGAGCAAGAUGGCGACUAAGACGGUUGCCAACCUCUUCAUAGAUGACACCAGCAGCGAGGUACUGGAUGAGCUGUACCGGGUGACCAAAGAGUACACGCGCAACCGCAAGGAGGCCCAGAAGAUCAUCAAGAACCUUAUUAAGAUGGUGGUCAAGUUGGGUGUCCUCCACCGCAAUGGACAGUUCAACAACGAGGAGCUUGCGUUGGUCGAGCGCUUCCAGAAGAAGGUGCACACGCUCGCGAUGACAGCCGUCAGCUUCUACCAGAUCGACUUCACCUUCGACCGCCGCGUCAUGAGCAACCUGCUUAACGAUUGCCGCGAACUGCUGCACCAGGCCAUCAACCGGCACCUGACGGCGAAAUCUCACAGCCGUAUCAACCACGUCUUCAAUCAUUUCUCCGACUGCGAGUUCCUCGCGACGCUGUAUGGACCUUCGGAAGUAUACCGCGGCCACUUGCAGAAGAUCUGUGAAGGAGUCAACAAGAUGCUGGAUGACGGCAAUCUUUGACCACUACCUGUUUAUGGAAAUGCUAAAUUUAUUUGAACAUGUUCUUGUGUGUUUUAAAUGGAGCUUAAGCUCGGAAUAUCUCGUGCCUUAUUUGUUCAUUGGACACUAAAUCAUCUGUCUUGAAUGUACGUUUGUCCUUCCAGUGGAACGUCUUCUUGACUCCUGUAUUUUUAAAAACGGGGGUUAGAGGUGGUUUACAGCACCAAUGCAAAUCUUGCUCCCGUUUGUCCAAAGGUAAUUUGAGAGCACAGAUUAAGAUCCACCAUCAGAGGAAAUGAAGGACCCAUUUGCAAACCUUUUUGAUGCUGAGAGGACAUUUCGAGCACUGCAAAUGCUAAAUGCACUGGGGGAUAUGUAUGCAACGCUUCAUCUCUGAUUUUAGGAAAUGAGCCUGCAGCAUCACCCUCUCGCUUCCCAAAAACAGACACGUUAAAUCCGCAACCCAAAAUGACUGUUUUUGGUCAUGUCUGAUGUGAUUCAUCUGGAGGUUGAUACUGAAAUAUUUGUAAACCGUCACCCCUGUGAUUUCUAAACUUGGUCAUAGCGGUUUACGUUCGUCUUGUGUUUGUUUUUCCACUCCAUAUCGCCCCCUGCUGAUGGGAGGUCUUUACCACGAUGCAGUUCCUUAUCGAGGAACGAAGAAUGUGCUAGAAUGUCACUGUACUACCUUUCAACAUGUUUAUUUACUGUUUUAAUGAAGGUUUUAUAUACACAACUGAGCCGUUAUUUCCCUGAUACGUCACUUCUGAUUGUUUUGAACAAAGAAUUCAACGACUUAAAGUCUCAAUGUCCCAUUUCUGCCAUCAGUUUGUUUUAGCUCCAGCAGUUUUGACAGAUUAUUUUGUAUAUUUUACUGGGUGAGGAUGUCGAUUAGCACAAAAACGUUGUAAAAUGUGCAUGCAGAAAUGCUCUUAGUAGAAGUCUAUGAGGCAGCUGUAUACUUGUUCCAUAGACUUACAUUGUAAUUGCAAAUCUGCCCACGUUUUGUUUGUACGUAUACUUGAGUAUUUUAAACUUUUAUUUUAAAAAGUCUUUUUACAAAAUGACAAACUGAAAGAAUCGCAAAGUUUGAGU